AUGUGGCACUUGGCUGCCGAGCCGAGCGCGCAGUAUCUAUUCGUGAGGCAUGCCGAUGCAAGCGACUACGCGUGUAGCGGCCUAUCUAAACUCACUUCGCACCAAUCGGGGCAGUUAGAGAAUUUUCUAAAAGAUAGGUUGCCGACCGAGUCGCUUAACUUGGGAGUCACUGGAUUAGCAGAACAUCAUAUCGAUGUAGGGCAGCACGCGCCUAUCCGCCAGCGUUGCUAUUUGGUCUCUCUCAAAGUGCAGGAAGCCAUUAAGCAGGAGGUCGAUGAGAUGUUAGAGGCCGGGGUGAUCGAGCCCUCGGAUAGUGAAUGGUCAAAAAGCCUAACGGAAAGUAUCGGUUCUGCUUAG